AAAGACGAGAGGACGCGGCGUCUCUGCGGCGUCUCUGCGGCGUCUCUGCAGCGUCUCUGCGGUGUCUCUGCAGCGUCUCUGCGGCGUCCACACUCUGACAGCAUGGAGCUGUACCUGGACCUCAUCUCUCCGCCCUGUCGCUCCGUCUUCCUGUUGGCCAAAGUGCUCCAGAUUCCCUUUGACUUCAAGCUGGUGAAGCUUUCUGCAGGUCAACAGUACACUGAGGAGUUUGGCAGAAUCAACACCAUCAGGAAGGUUCCUGUCAUGAAGGAGGGAAGCUUCAUUCUGACAGAAAGCGUCGCCAUCCUGAAGUUCCUGGCACAGAAACACGCCCCGUCAGCGGUGGAUCACUGGUACCCGGCCGACCUGCAGCAGCAGGCUCGCGUUAAUGAAUACCUGUCCUGGCAGCACCUGAACCUCCGCAUUCAUGGCUCAAGGGUCUUCCUGCUGCGGACCCUGUAUCCUCUCAUCAUGGGCUCAGAGGUGCCCGAGGACAAGAUGGACGCUGCUGUCGAGAACCUCACACAGUCCGUGAAUCUGCUGGAGGACAAGUUCCUGCAGGACAAAGCGUUCAUCGUCGGAGACAAAGUGUCUCUGGCUGAUCUGGUGGCUGUGAUUGAGCUCAUGCAGCCCAUUGGAACCGGCCUGAACGUGCUUGAAGGCCACCCGAGGUUAAUCGCCUGGAGAGAGCGAGUGAAGCAGGAAGUUGGUAAAAAGCUGUUUGAUGAAGCUCACGAGUCGGUGAUGAAGGUGAACAGUCUUCCUCAGGAGAUGCAGAGAAGCAGCCACCUGCAGGCGCUCAUUCCCAAGUUCCAGAAGGUUUUCAACUGGUGAAAUUUCCCACUGAUGUGACAAAUGGUUUUAAUCUCAGUAUACAGUAUAUAUACAUAUAUGUAUAUAUAUAUAUAUAUACACAUAUAUACAAAUAUCAGCAGAAUUCUUCAGAGAAUCAUUUACCUGCAGCUGUGUGGUCACACUGACGUCCAGCUGACAGUUUUGCCAUUAAAUAAAUUUUCAAGCAAUAAAAUCCAGAAUUUUACAAAAUACAAA